AUGUCAUGGUGUCCACCUGGUGCAUUUAUUGCGGAAUUCGACUCCUUUGUAGGCCCAUCUAUUGCUUAUGCCUUUGAAUAUUAUACUUUCAAGCAAGGCGCUGUAAUCAGUAGUAAACCUCGGAACAUUACCUAUGUUUCUUCAAAAGUAAUAUUUGGAGAAAAGGUAGUAAGCGGAGCGCUGCAUCCAAGCUAUUCAAAUUAUAUGCGCUCUGUGGCAUCGCGGGUACUAACCUCCAACGAAGACCACGAGGAAAAUAUUAUCUUCCAAGAUAUUGGAUGCCCUUGUGUUAGCAGCAUAUCUUUUUGUCUCCCAGAUAUUCUUGCAAGGGGAGAAAAGAGGUCCUUUUGCUUGGUGUUCCUUCAUUCUUCUUAUAACAAAAUGCUUUCUCAGUGGCCGCUCAUAGCAACAUGUAGUCGUAUCUUUAUUCAGUGUUAUUGUUUUGAAGCUGCGAACGAACGCUACACUAUGGAGUACUCAACUCUUCCAGAUCUCGAACAAUGCAGAGAGGAGGCGCAUAGAACUUCACUGCGUCCCUUUGAGGCACUCAUCAAACGUAGGGAUGAAGAUGUUUGCAGUACAUUCAAUAGGAUUCACUGCUUUUUUGAGAUUGUCUUGCCACUUCUCUUUUCGGAUAGCCCCUUAUUUAACUUUUCCAGCUCUCAAUUGACUGAAGAUAUGAGCAGCAUCUUGGAAAAAAAAAUUAUAUCGAUUAUUGAAGAAGCAAUGCCACAGGUUGCGAUGAGGCUUUGCGUGGUAAAUUUGCAAAUUGAGAAGGAGAAAAGUGAAAUUGAAACUUUAGCACAAUCAGAUCUGCAGCAGCAGGUCAUCGUAAAACCCCUGCCAGUGUGGCUUCUUGAAUUCCUGGAAGAAUUCCCCUCUGAUCAAGAAGCUCAGUUGCAGUUACAUGUGCUACUUAAUGCUUUAUUUUCAGGCGAUCAAAUCAUCAUUUUUGGUGACAAUGCGUGUUGUGGCGCUGGUCUCGCUCUUGCAAUGUCGUACAUACUCCCACAUGGACGUGUGCGAACGAGACUUUUUUCUGACUCUUACGUGAUGCCGUAUGAAAGUCAAAUUGUAAGCUUCAGCUUUCAAUUUCUUUCUGAGUGGGAGAUUGUGCCUUUUCGUGAUGACACCUACACGAUUGAUGGUAAACGGCUCUUUGCUCUUUCAGAAGUUGGAGCGGAUGGUGUAGUUGGUGUUCGCAUUUGCAACGGGCGUGUUGAUAAGGUAUUUGAUUGUGAUGAACUUGCUCGCACAGUGGCUAAACCGUCACCAAAUUCGUCCGCUUGUCGUGACAUUGAAGUGCCUCAUUCUCGCACGACAACCCUUACGUGUCGCAUUAUAGGGCUCCUUCAAUCAUACAGAGCAGAUAUUUCGACUUACCUCUCUAUCAAUAAUGUUGAAAAAGUUGACGUUGAGAUCGCUUCAAUCAAGUUACUGAUUGCUCAGAUAAUGCAAUUGGUUAGCGAAUAUGCACUUCGUGGAAGUGUGUAUUUGAAGCUGUUUCGUCAACAAGAAAUUAUGCUGAAUAAAGCUUUGCUGCAUAGAGGAGCGCCGUCGAAAGAUACUUCACUUUUAUCAAAAAUUUACCAACCUUUGAAGCGUAGUUUAGUUUCGAAUACAUCUUUUCAGACUGGGAUAGGCUUGUCAACGGAUGAUGUUUCCCAUUUCCCAGUUUCUGUUCUUCAAAAAAAUGCAUCUCUUCAUAUUGGGUCAGACAAGCAGUACAAUGAUAAGCAAUUUCUAUUCCUGAGCUCUUCCCCUGAGGAUCACGAUAUUUUAAUGUUCUUGGGAAGUCAAGCGAUUGCUUGA